AUGAGUUUCCCAUACAGUUCUUUGUACCCAUAUGUCGCCCAGACAUACCAGGUGUACCCCUUCGCCCAGCCGGCGGCUCAAACUUCUGCGGCCCAAGUAGCUCAAGCGGCACAAGCGGCACAAGCGGCUCAAGCGGCACAAGCAGCUCAAGCGGCACAAGCGGCUCAAGCGGCACAAGCGGCUCAGGCGGCACAAGCAGCUCAGGCGGCUCAGGCAGCUCAGGCGGCUCAGGCAGCUCAGGCGGCUCAGUUUCAGCCAGUUCAAAGCCACCAGGACUCGCAGCGGUUGGUUGUGUCCGGGUGCAAGCACCCCACAGUGGCCCCCAUCGUUCGCGGAUACUUCACCUUGCAGAAUGGUGAGAACCAUGGCAAGCCAAUUUUCAAGAAGGAGUCUCAAUGGAAUGGGCUGGAUGUCAUGAUAUAUUUUUGGGAUGAUCGGGAUGGACCGAGUUUUUGUGGCUGGUGGUUUGGACCCAAAGUUGGUGGGGACCAGGUUUGGGCAUAUCACCCAGCCAACGAGCCUCAGCCACCACCGAGUGGCUGGAAAGUGCCAUAUGACGGGCCCGUGGACAACACCUUCAUCCUCCAAGCGACAUCACCCGAAGUCUCGCAAGUCUCGCACGCGACUCACGCGACUCACGCAUCGGUGGCCUACGCACAUGCAACGCACGCGCCUCAAACCGCAGCUCAAUGGCCAAAUGAGGCCGUGAGAGCUUACGAAAUGCAGCAGGAGGCACUUCGUAAGGAGGAGAGGCAGCAAGAGGCUCAGAGACAGUGGCAACAGCAGGAGGCAGAGCGAGCUGCUCAAGCGGCCCAAGCGGCCCAAGCGGCCCAGGCCCAAGCUCAAGCAGCGGCCCAAGCCCAAGCCCAAGCGACCAAAGCGAAGGAAGAACAGAUGAAGCGCCUGAAAGAUAUGGAGGAGAAGCGUCGCCAGGAGCAGAGAGCGGUUCUCAGCCUCCGGCGCACCAUCCAGAAAGUUCGCCUGGCAACGCCCGCUAACAUCGAUACAUUGGAGAAGGAGCUCCAAGAUUUGCUGAUGGAGGAGCUGGCGAAGACGGGGGGCCAGGAGAAGGCGAUUUUGGCGGAGGCGGGCGCCGGCUUGGACCAGGCGAAGCGGCGCAUCGCCUCCGUGCUCGAGGCCAAGGAAGCAGAAACACGGAAGCUCCAAAUGCAGCAGGAGAGGGCGGCGGAGUUCGGGGAGGAGCUGCGGGCGCUGGUGGCCGCCGCGGAGGCGGCCUUCCGGGCCCUGGAUGCCGCCGCCGCCCGCGCCGGCCUAGGAAGAGCAAAAGCGAAAGCCGAAGGAGGGAAAGAAGGAGGAGCCGAAGGAGCCGAAGGAGGGAGAGGAGAAGAGAAGAUGGGCGACGAAGGAGAAAAAGGAGAAGCCGAAGAAGGAGCUCAUGGAAACGAAGGAGAAGGAGAAGAGAAGGAAGGAAGUGAAAAGAACAUGGCUUCCUUGCAGGAGGCGGAGGAGCUGGCAGAGGCCAUUGCCAAAGCAGCCUUGGAGGCCAAGACCUCUUCCGCCGCUUGCACCGCGUUCCUGAACCGCACCGCCGACAUCAAGGAGGCCAUGAGCAUUGUGGCCAAGCCGGGCCCAAUCCCCACCGGAGUCCCCGGCGCUGAGACGGAGAUGGCAAGCCUCAUCCCCCAGCUGCUGCAGCGGCUGAGCAGCUUCGCCUCUUCGCGGAUGGACGCUUGCAGCGACAGCUACGUGCAAGCUGGAAAUGCGUUGCGCGAGGAUGCGGUCCGGCGCGAGAAGUCUCGGAGGACCACGGAGGACUUGAAGUUGCACUUCAAAAAGUUUGACAAAGAUGGAGACCAGCUUCUUUCCCGCAGUGAGCUGGCUGCAGCAGUGAAGAGUGAGAUGCGGACAGCCAAUGAAGAGAUCGUCGAAAGAGUCUGGAAAGGAGCUGUGAAUGAGGGGGAGAAGGGCCUUCCGUUUGAAAACAUGUACUUGCUUCGCAGUUCCAUGGGCAUUGUCCGCGAGAUGGAGAGGAACAAAAAGCGCAAAGCCGCCCGAGAGGCAAGAGACAAAGUGCUUGCUGGUGUGCGCACCAAGCUGAAGAACAAGAUCAAGGAAGUGGAGAAGUCAGCUUUGGAAUUAGACAAGAUGUUGGCAAAGAUUGAAGCAACGGUUGCACCGUUAUUGACGAAAGUGCGCUCGACACCAGUGGAUGACAUGCUUUGUGAAGCUGAUGCGUGCGAGGCACUGAUCAGCACGGGGCAUCGCCAAUCUGAGGCCUUCUCCAAAAAAGUGCUGCAGCUUACGUCUUUGGAUCCGAAGCAUCAGGAGCUGGAGCCGCUGAUCGCCGAGGACACCAAGCCGCUGCGGAUGCGCGCGGGGCGCUCCAAGCAGCGCCUCAGCCGCGCUGUGAACUUGACGAGGACCUUCCGCCAGAAGGCGACCAAAAAGCAAGCCUCCGCCAUCGAGGCCGUGCGCGUCGCCUUCGCCCGGAAAGUCAAAAAUGCCGAAGCCGACCGCGCGCACAAGGAGAAGCUCUUUGAGGAGUUGGUAGGCGGCGAAGGCGGCGAAGGCGGCGAAGGCGGCGAAGGCGGCGAAGGCCACAUGGAUGAGGACACCUUCGUCACCUUUCUCUCCGAGGGCAUGGACGCGGAUGCCUUCGCCGACCUGGGCGGGCCUGAGGCGGCUGCGCGUGCUUUGUUCCAGAGCGCCUGUGAGUCAGAGAUGCCGCAGAAGGUGUGGGCACGCUUGGCCAAGGAGUUUGUAGCUGUGGCCGUGGAGACGUCACUUACGCGAGAGGAGUCCGCCACGGAGACACUGCGACUGCUGAAGCCCAAAGACAUCUUAGAGCUGCUUGAGGUGACGGAGAAUGGAGAGGCAAGGCAUGUAGCGGAAAACCGAGAGGCGGAAAAAGAACAAGAGAAGGAGCAGGCUGGGAUGGAAGAGAGGGAAGAGAAGGAGGAGAAGGAGGAGAAGGAGGAGCAGGAAAAGGAAGCUGUGGAAAUGGAGGCCCCGAAGCACAAGGAAGUGAAGGGCUUGGAAAGCGUGAGCCGAGUCAAAUGCCGCACCGAGGAUGGCGUGGAGGGGUGGGUCACACUUUCACACCUGAGGCAGGGCGCGCACCUCUUCAAAGUCAUGGUCUCUUCGCGCCUGACUGACGCUUUCGAGAUGGCAGAGCCGCAGCAAGCAGAGCAGGCAGAGGGCACGCUGAGACCUGGAGACGUGGUCGAAGUGCUCGAAUGGCCAAAAGAGGCAGCAGGAUGUCGGCGAAUGUAUGUCAAAACAAGAGGUGGCCAGUGUGGUUGGAUCACCGAGAGCAAGGACGGCAAAAUCUUUGCAGAAGUCCUUUGA